GGACAACUAUGCAGAUGUACGCAGUCUCUGGUCAUCUCCUGUACUGUGUCCACAGUCUCUGGUCAUCUCCUGUACUAUGUCCGCAGACUCUGGUCAUCUCCUGUACUAUGUCCGCAGUCUCUGGUCAUUCCCUGUACUGUGUCUGCAGUCUCUGGUCAUCUCCAGUAGUAUGUCUGCAGUCUCUGGUCAUCUCCUGUGCUAUGUCUGCAGUCUCUGGUCAUCUCCAGUAGUAUGUCUGCAGUCUCUGGUCAUCUCCUGUAGUAUGUCUGCAGUCUCUGGUCAUCUCUUGUAGUAUGUCUGCAGUCUCUGGUCAUCUCCAGUAGUAUGUCUGCAGUCUCUGGUCAUCUCCUGUAGUAUGACUGCAGUCCCUGGUAAUCUCCUGUGCUAUGUCUGCAGUCUCUGCUCAUCUCCAGUAGUAUGUUUGCAGUCUCUGAUCAUUUCCUGUACUAUUUCUGCAGUCCACUGGUUGAGAAUAUUUUUUUUCUUGUUUUCCACCUCUAA